GAAAGAAAGAAAGAAAGAAAGAAAGAAAGAAAGAAAGAAAGAAAGAAAGAAAGAAAGAAAGAAAGAAAGCCGCAAGCCUUUGGACUCCAGCAUACUGCACGAGAAACACAAACAUUCGAAUGGAUUUAGAGGUAAAAGGAGUGGCUGCCUCCAGGAGCCAGACUCGGCUAUUUUCUGGAAGAAAGAAUUCACUGCAGCAAGGAUGGACUUCUAGAUCAUGGGCAAUCCAAAAUUCCUGCCUACCUAUGGUCCCACCACUUGAUCUGGGAAGCCUUGUUGACUCUGAUGAGGAGGAUAAUUUUUCACAAACACCACGUGGUACAGUCCAUGUUCAUCUUAACCCAUCACGGUCACAGCCUGCUCUGGGCUGGGCUCUGCCAUGUCAAAGACCUGACACUCAGCAUGGACGACAGGAAGUGGAACAGGACAUAAUACCUGAGGAUUUGCCAGCGCCAACAGGCAAAUACAAGCUAAAGUACCAGCAGUACGCAAGCGAAAUGAAAGACAGCUACAAACAGUACAUUCAGAGGAGCACAGAGAAGCCAAAGGCAGCAAGCAGGCCAGAGGCAACUGAGAAGGUGGAAGGAGCCAGUCUGGACGACCUCAUGACUUUGGAUAGGAAAGCCCUCUUACAGCAAGGUUACGCAGAUAGCACUUACCAUAGACAGAGCAUCUCGAGGAAAUCAGAUGUGGAGACUGUGGCUAUAGAGAAGAAGAAACAGACCGUUGCAGAGCAGAUGAUGAUGGACCACUUAUCCAGGGCUGUCAUCAGCGAUCCAGAACAAGAUUUAAACAUCAAGAACCAAGAGAGUUUUCAUGUCCCUCCUGACUCAGAGAGGGCACCACUUCGAGUCAGGAGACGAACUCUGCAUGAAACGAAGAUAAGAACCAACUCCNCAUUAACAGAGAAUGACCUUUCUCAGAAAGUAGAAUUUGAAGGGAGGGUCUUAUCAAGAAAUGGACGCGAUGCCUGCAGGGAACUGAUUGGGUUUUUCUUUGCCCACGACCGGUCCCUAACAGUGUAUGAAUAUCGAAUGUUCGGGAAAAACAGAACAAGUGUGCUUCCUUUUAUUAAAAAAGACAUUUAUCAUCAUCAGUGUGGACGAAGAAAAGGAAAGCAAUAUGAGCUUGGUGACGUCUAUACUGGUGCAACUUUGACAUUUUUGAGCUGUGAUCAACCUAGCCUUCCAAAGACCAUAAAAGAAAAUGCAUUGCUUAGACUUCGAAUUACAAAUAUUGAUCAAGUAGCUUUGAAUUCUCUGAAGCACACAACUUUGUGUAGAUCCUUUGCAACUCUUUUUCCACCUCUCAGUGAGAAUAAACUGAAAGAACAACUGCACAAGAAGGGUGCUCGAAUUUUGACUGGAUUGGGAAAAUACUUCCAAGGUUUGGACAAGGAAGGGAAUGGGCUUUUAGAAAAGGCAGAUUUUCAGCAAGCUCUGAAAACCUUUCACUUGGAAGUGUCUGAACAGGACUUUGAGUCUUCCUGGCUAAUUCUGCAAGGAUAUGGCCAUAGCAAGAACAAGGUUGACUAUGGAGAAUUCAAACGUGCCAUUUUUGGUGAAAUGAAUGAAUAUAGGAAGUCAUUUGUUCGCAAGGCCUUCAUGAAACUGGAUUUUAACAAAACCGGCAUUGUGUCUGUUAUAGACAUAAGAAAGUGUUACUGCGCCAAGAAGCAUCCACGUGUGAUCUCAGGGCAUUCAACAGAGGAGGAAAUCAAAUCAUCUUUCCUAGAGACAUUAAAAGGCGCCUGCAGCAAGUGCGAUGAAAUUUCAUACGGCGAAUUUGAAGAUUACUAUGAAGGCCUAAGUAUAGGGGUAGCAGGUGAUGAAGACUUUGUCAACAUCUUAUGUAUUCCGUGGAGAAUUUAGUUUUCAAUAACGCACCUUCUCGCUGGCACCAAGUAUCUUAUAGAUAAUAUGCA